AUGCUAGGGUUUGUCAAACCCUCGCCCAGGAAUCUCCUCCGCAAGUUUUUGAUCCCUUCUUCGUCAUCCUUCCUUCACUCGGCCCCCGUAGCAGCGGCCUCUGGAGCAGGCGGUGGGGCAGUUCCGCUCGGCUUCGCACCCCAAGUGAAUACGCCACUCCCUCUCGAUCACCUGGAGUCCUCGUACAUAAUCUCCUCCUUUUCCGACUGGUUCCGCCGCGGCCACGAUCCACUCCCUCACCUCCUUGACCAGAUUUACGGUGCUUUCGCCUCUUCGGAGGACAGUUCAGCAAUCAACGCCGCCCUCUCCCGCCUCCGCGUACGCCUCUCCGAAGACUUUGUCCUCUGUUUUCUCCGCCACCGUCCCCACCCCUCCACCGUUCCUCCCUCUGCUGACGCCUCAAGCUCCCUCCUUCAGCUCCGUAUCCGCUUCUUCGAAUGGUGCAGCCGUCAGCCUGGCUACUUCCAUUCCCGCUCCGUCUACCAUGCCAUAUUCCGCCUCCUCCAUCGCCACCGCCACGUUUCUUUUGUCAGGGAAUGCCUCCGUCGCUUCUCCGCCACUGGCUACUUCUCCCUCUCAUUUGAUGCUGACGCCGCCGCUACUAGCGGCAGCAAAGGUCAUCCCAGAUUCUACCAGGCGCUAGUAAUCGGCUACGCUGUAACAGGGUCCGCAGAGCGCGCCCUCCAGCUUUUUGCUCGAAUGCGAUAUAAUGGCUCCGACCUCGACGACUUCUGCUACCAUGUCCUCCUUAACUCUCUUGUGGAGGCAUCCCUCUUUGAAUUCGCGGAUUCUAUUUUUACCCAGAUCGACGCCCGCGGCCUUGCUGGCCCCGUCACGGCUUGCAUACGCGUCAAGCGGCUCUGCCGCCAGGGCCGGUUGGAUGAUGCCGCUACUUAUCUCCGCAAGCUCUAUCUUUGCGACCAUCGAGUGGUUGCCGAUCGCACCGUAGGAACUCUUGUUCAAGCUUUAUGCAAGGCUGGGCAGGUCGAAUGUGCCAGUCAGUUCGUUGAUGAGUUCAGCAAUGCAGAGGCCUAUGGCGCUUGGAUCAGCCAUCUGCUUGCAGCUGGAAAGGUUGAUGCGGCCAUGGAGUUUUUGAGAAAGAAGAAAGGUACAGAUACAGAAAAACACUUACUUGACACUUUCCAAUACAAUCAAAUUAUUCAGCGGUUGCUAAGGCAGAACUUGCUUGAGGAAGUUUGUGAUCUCCUUGUGGAGAUGAUGGAGGAAGGGAUUGUCCCAGAUCAGCACACCAUGGACGCAGCUUUAUGCUUUUUCUGCAAAGCUGGAAUGGUUGAUGUGGCGAUUAAACUCUACAGUUUGAAGAUGGAGAUUGGAAUCGCACCAAAGAGAAUUGUCUACAACCAUCUCAUCAAAGCCCUGUGUAAAGAUGGAAAUGUCGACGAGGUUCUGAGAGUGUUAGAGGAUUGCAUGAACCAGGGCUACUUCCCUGGUAAUCAGACCUUCACUCAGCUUGCCAAUGUCCUCCUCAGACAUGGAAAGCUUGAGAAGCUUCGUAGUCUACUCGCCGAAGCUCUGAAAAGGAAAUUAAGGUCGACCGCGCCUAUCCACUCUCGCUAUGUAUCAGCUUUGUGCAAGAUUGGUGCAGUUAAGGAAGCUUACUCAGAGCUUUUGACUGCUGAUGGAAUUGGUGCUGGCAUUACUAUGUACAAGUCUACAUGCUGCAAUUUGAUUCGGGCAUUUAUAAAGUUGAGAAUGUUACAGUUUCCUCCUGGGUUGCUCAUCCAGAUGCAGGAGCUGGGCUUUGUGCCAGGCCGGCGCCUUUACAGGGAGGUGGUCUGUAGUUUGUGUGAGAUGGAAAUGUUUGAUCUUGUCUUUGAUUUGCUGAACAAACAGUUGGAAAUCAAGCGACAAGAUCGCCGGACUUGCUACAAUUACAUCAUCGACGGAGCUGCACACUCCAAGAAACCUGAAAUGGCAAUGGAAGUGUAUAACAGGAUGGUAAAUGCAGGGAUAGAGCCCAACCUAUCCACAGAUAUUCUGAUUUUGCGUUGCUAUAUGAAGAGCGGCCGCUUCGGUGAUGCUUUCGCCUUCUUCCACCUUCUAAAGAAGAAACAUAUGGUGAACAGGAAGCUCUAUAAUGUUUUCAUAGAUGGUCUCUGUGAGGCUGGAAGGUCAGAGAAUGCUGUGGAGAUAUGGAAGGAGAUGAGAGAAAAGGAGCUCCUACCAAGUCUUCAAUGCUAUGAGGAGCUUGUGCGUUCUUUGUGUUCUUCCAACUCUUAUGAUCUUGUCAUUCAAGUUAUCAAGGAUUUCAAGGAAACCAGUCACCAGGUUUCUUCCUUCAUCUUCAAUGUCCUCCUGCUACAUAUCUUGAAGGGCCAGAAACUACUCAAGGCUUGGGAAAGAGAUGCAAAUUCAGGAGAUCUUCUUAUUGGACACCUUAUUAAAGAAUUUUCAAAUGGUCUCAGAAUGAAAGAGAACCUACAAAACUUUGAUGAAGUGAUUGAAGAGCACUUUCCUGUUGACAUUUAUACAUAUAAUGUACUAUUAAGGGGAUCAUUUUUGACAGGGAGAAUGGACUUUGCUUGCAAUUUGUUCUAUAGGAUAAAAGAUAAGGGCUAUGAGCCCAAUCGAUGGACCUUCGACAUUAUGGUCCAUGGUUUUUGCAAACUUGGUUGCAGGAAAUAUGCUGAAAAAUGGAUGGAGGAGAUGUCUCGCAAUGGAUUCCAGCCAACAUGGUAUACACUGAGUUUAUUCAACAAUACACAGUAG